UCGGCACGACGGCUAAUUUUCUCAGUUCCCACUUCCCAAACAUCCGAGAGGAAAAAAGGAAAAAAAAUAUGAGCACCGGUUGCUUCUCCUUUGGUCCGUUAAUUCCGUUGAAAAUCCCAACCCAAUUUCGCACCAAAAACAAUGUCCGAAAGUCCUUAGCUGUCUCUGCUCGUCUCGAUGAUAAUUCCAGAAGCAACCAAGAAAAUUCUCAAGUCAAUCUCUCAGUGCUCCGAUUCACUUUCGGGAUACCUGGGCUAGACGAGUCCUACUUACCCAGAUGGAUCGGAUAUGGAUUCGGCUCGCUUUUGCUUUUAAACCAUUUCGCAGGUUCCAACUCAGUGGCUGAUAUUACCCCAGCACAACUCAGAACUGAGGCUUUAGGAUUUUCUUUGACUGCAUUUUCAAUUGUACUUCCCUAUCUCGGAAAAUUUCUCAAGGGUGCAUCUCCAAUGGAUCAAACAACUAUUCCUGAAGGAAGUGAACAGAUAUUUGUGAUGUCUGAAGAUGUUUCAGAUACUCAGAAAGAAGAUUUGGCUUGGGCGACAUACAUUUUACUUCGCAAUACAAACACUCUAGCUGUGUUAAUAUCAACUCAAGGUGAACUGUGUGUUCGUGGAUACUGGAACACACCAAUUGAUAUGUCAAAAACAAAAACCAAUCUAUUAGAUUGGUUCACUCAACAAAUUGAAAAAAUUGGCAUCUCGGACUUGAAGGAUACCCUUUACUUUCCUCAGAUUUCAGAGUCUGGCCUUUGGGAGAUGCUACCGAAGGGAACCCGAUCUCUCCUUGUACAGCCAGUGACUCAAGUUCCUGACCAAAGUAACGAAAUGAUGCAAACAAAUGAAGGAUUUAUCUUGUUGGCUUCAACCAUUAGCUAUGCAUAUAGUGAAAAAGAUAGAGCCUGGAUAGGAGUUAUUGCAAAAAAAAUUGGAGGAUAAAAAUGGUCCCUGGAUUAGAUAUUGCUGGGAGUGAAGGUUUUCAAAUGAAGUCUAGCGGAAAACACUGAGAGUUCUACAAAAAUUUCUCCAAGCCGUACACCAGGUUCUGCAGUAAAAGAUAUAACAGAGAUUUUACUUGAUAGAUAAGUAUUCAAGUAACUAGGAUAAAUAACUGGAUAUACUAGAUUGGUUACCUUAAGGCGCACAACUCUUCUAAUAGCUAAGAUAAGGCCUGGCAUCAAACACUUCACAUCAGUAAUAUCGUGCUUGAGAGAGUAAACCUGUGUGGACAACAAUGCUUCUUGAUCAGAUAGCCAUUUUUGGCUACGGUAAAGUUCAUUGAAGAUCAGCAUUAUUCAGACCAAGAAGAAUAAACCCAGAAGCUGACCUCUCCUGGGCCGGAAAAGUAUACAGUUGUACUGGAAGGAAGACCCGGAAGAACUAGACUAUGCACACGAACUCCAUCUUCGCCAAGAACUUGACCCCUAGCCUUUAUGGGGACAAAGUCGCUAUAAGAUUUAAGUCACCAAACGACAAUCAUAUGAAGUAGAUCAUGGUUUUAGAAAUCCAGAUUACCGAAACUUCUGUUGAGAUAUCUUCUCUAUUGUAUAUCUGCCCAAGGUUGGAAAGAUUAUUGGCUAUUUGGGUUGCAUCUGGAGAUGGAAAAUCCUGGUCCCAAAAGAGAAAAAAAAUACACUACUUUUCAGUAUCAUAUCUCACAUGCAACUGUUGGAUUAGAAUAAACAAUUAUAUUCUGUUUUAAUGUCCAUGUACCUGGUGAAUAUUUGUUUCAUAUUAAUAAAUAUAAUCCAAUUUUUUAUUUUGCAA